AUGUCUUCUAUUUCCUGCGCAUCUGAUGGAAAAGGACACUUCAGAAAAUCCUCACCUUACGAAGGUUAUCCUCGAGCUCCUCAAAAUUCAUAUCCAUCUUGUUAUACCCAAUCAGGUUAUCAAACUCCAUCAUCGAGUUACCAAAUUUUACCUCCUAAUUACCAAACUCCACUAGCGAGUUACCAAAUUCCAUUUCUUGUUUACCAGACUCCAUCUCCACAUUACCAAAAUACCCAUCCAUAUUACCAAGCUCCAUCAGUUAAUUGUUCAAAUAUCCAAUCAAGUUACCAAAUUCCACCCCCGCACUGCCAAAAUAGCCCUUCUAGCUACCGAGCUCCACAAUACCCAAAUUUCCAAACACAAGCACCAACUCACCAAAAUCCUCCAAACUACCAUCAAAUACCUUCAUAUCCAGGAAAUAAUUACAAUCCUCCUCGCCCAAAUCUUGAGAAGAAACCUUCUAGAGUCUUUACUCCUUUGGUUGAGAGAGGUGCUGGGCAUAUUACUGAGGAAUGUAUCAACUUGAAGCAUAAAAUUCAAGGCUUGAUAGAUCAAAAGGCCGUCACUCUUCAAACUGUCACUCCUAAUGUCAAUAGUAACCCCAUGCCAAAGCAUAGAGGGUUAACUAUUAAUAUGGUUGAAGUCGAAGAAGAUUUGAAUGUGAAGAAAGUUACAAUCUCAGCCAACCUUGAAAAGCUUGAGAAAGUUGUCGCCUCUCCAACCAAAAGAGAGACAUCCAAAUUUGUGAUCAUGGCACCUCAUCAAGCUUUUGCUUUAGUGCUGAAGGAGGGUUAG